UUCUAGACUGGCUACUGUUUAUAGUGCCAUUAAAAUAGUGCUCUGUCACUAGAAUGUCGGUGUAUUUAUAAUUUAUUUAAACGUGUUAACGUAAACGCGAUGAUUAUGUUUUCAUUUCAACAACAAAUCACCGGACUACUAAACGUUUAUAAAACAUCAGGUAACAUGAGACCUUUAUAACAUUGUGACUCCACACAAACGUGUGUGUUUCAGUGUUUGCCCUCAUUGGUUUGACAAAGUAAAGUUCGAUCUCUUGCUGUGCCUGGGUUGGUUUGUUUGUACUUUGUGCCGCGAAUAGUCAACAACAUAUACAAUAUCGUUAACCUUAUAUAGUCAUCGCUGGAAAGGAUCUUUAAAUUAUAACUUUGAAUAUUUGAACCCUAAAAAAAGUGCUGAUCAUAGAUUGAAGAAGCACUUAAGACGUUUCGCUAGUUUCGUCGGCUUGCUCGGUGCCGGCGGAAGUUUUGUAUGAACGUCAUAGCCAUUCUAUUGGUUGAUAGUAUAUGCGGGUUUUCCCUGCAGCGCGUUAAUUGUUAGCAAAUAAUAUCAUCAUUUGACGUCAUUUUAACAUCAUCACUCGUUGAGGGAAGACAUGCAAACAUGGCAGCUUUUUUCAAAUAUUCUUGUUUAUGGAAUCAUUGUGGGAAACAUUGUUCGUCUCUGAUCGAUCUAAUAGAUCAUAUAGAAGCUGUUCAUAUAGAGAAAGACCCGCGCAUACUUGAAAAACAAGAGGCCGCUCAACCUGCUGCUGUCCCACUGUCGUACGUGAACUGCUUCUUCUCUGAGGCGACCCGUUCUGCUCAUAAAAAAAUCAGAGAAAUUAGUUGUGAUGGUGAAAAAGGCUUUGACUUGGAUUAUACGCCAAAGAAGAAAAGAGCUUUAUCUGGUUAUAAUAUCAGUUCAUGUUUGGCAACGCCUGAAGCUUCGGAGAACGGUGAUGAUGUUGGGGAUAUUAGUGAUAAUAGCGAUGAUUCAUGGACAACUUCAGAUGGCUUGACAAGCGAAUUUAUUCUAAAUUCCGUUACAAUGGAAGACGGAGACUCCAAGAGAUAUAUUUGUCCAGUAAAAGGAUGCGGUAAGAAAUACAAGAAUGCGAAUGGCAUUAAAUAUCAUGCUAAAAAUGGACAUUGCAAAGACGGGAAAACGAAGAAACCACACAAAUGUCAUUGCGGUAAAAGCUACAAGAACCAGAGUGGAUUGCGACACCAUAUUGCCACUAGGCAUAACUCAAUACGCUCAAAAAAUAUCACAGAAUCACAUGCAAGUGGAAUUGAACUUUAUGUUUGACAAGUACUGAUCUAUUUCUCUGAGGAUAUCAACCUUUACGGCUUCGAGCAGCUGGGAAAUUACAUGCCCUGUUGAAUAAUUUAAAACAAAGACAGCCAGCUGGUGUCAUAUCAUUACAGUAUAUUUCCUAUUUUACUGUAUAUUUGCAUUGUCUUUGAUUCAUGUUUUGAAAGGCAUCGUGAAAUAACGUAUGAUGAAAAUGGACUGGUCUUGAAAUUACUAUUUAGUGGCUCUCCACCGAUAUGUAAAGAGUGUUUCGUGCUAAAUACCACUUGUGUACAAUAUGUGCAUCUAUUAUGCAAAACAACAUCUGAAAUCGCAGGAUCUUCUAUAUUGUUUGAUAGAAACCUUGGUGAAACAACCUUUUCAUCAUUAUCAUUGCUCUUAUUUUGUUGUGUCUAUCUCUCAGAGCCCGAAGGUAAAAGCUUGAGAGGCUUGGAAACUUGCAAUAGAGUUAAUGUUGUGUAUAUUUUUAUUGACAAUAUUUCAAUUUUCACCAAGUCAUUUGAAUGAUAUCACAUCAUAUGAUAUCUAUUAUUAUUUGGUGCUGUGCAUUAAGACCAAAAAAAGGCCGGUGGUGUUGAAAUAUGUCAUUGGUUGCCAUGGUAAAUUCAAGUGACCUCUUGCUCUGUAGAGUAUGAAAUCAUGAUUUUGCAAGUUACUACAUUCAUUCUACUGAAUUGUGGUGAGAUUUUGCCUUGAUAAGCCUUGACGGGAUUGCAUACUUUGGAUAUGAGAUUUCAAAACAUUUGUAUGAUAAUCAGUGAGAUUUCUUUUCUUGCUAGUAUCUGUCAGUUAAUACUUCUUAGACUAUAGAGUUCUUUAUUCAGCAGGAUAUUGAUUGGGUGGAAUAUGAUUGUACAGAACUAUAUGUCAGUUUGGCAUUGUUAAUGUAAUAUAUUAUGAAAAUAUAUUUAUUUUACUAAACGAGUUAAAGGGAGGUGUAUAUUAUUGGAUUCUGUCAUAUAGUGAAUGUGUAUAAUCAUUAAAUUAAUAAAAUGAA